AUGGAUUUCUACGAGCGCAAGAUCUCCAUCACCGACGACCUCCUCGCCGACGACACCAUCCGCGUCAAGCCCCCCCUCCGCCGCGCCGAAUCUCUCCCCAACAUCCGGCUAUGCCAACCCACGAGGUGGGUUCCACCAUCAGGUCGAACUCCCGUGGAGGGCGCGGAGCCGCCAGCGGCCAGGAACUCCUGGUUCAAAAUCACCAUCAAUCACCUCCGCUCAAUUCUCGAGACGCCUAGCUGGCCUGGCAAGCCAAAGAUCCUCGCGAAGCAAGAGAUGGCGCAGAACUAUCGUCGGCGGCCUCCAAUGUUGAGGGUAGAGGAGAGGAUCGCUAAAGCCAUGCGAUUCCUUGAGGAAGAAGAUCUUGCUGCUCGCACGGCUUGA